AUGGCGCUUGCCGAGCUCUUCGAGAAAGAAGCUGAGGAACUUACGAAUGCCGACCUCCUUUUGGUGCGAGACAUGCUUCGGGCCUUGGCCGCGAAGAGGAACCGGCAGGCCUUUUUCUGCAAAUCCCCUUCCGAGGAGGAGCCCGAAUUGUCCUGGAUGGAGUGGCACCGCAUCCAACGACUGUUGCAGGCCGAUGCGGCGCCACCGCCUGCACAAGGCGUGCCGAAAGCAAAGCCAAGACCGCCGGUCGAUCACCCUUCGGAAGAUGGUGCUGGGACGUCAUCGUCCCGCGCUGGUUCAAAGGAAACGCAUCAGGCUCAGAGCUUUGACAAGUCUUGCGGCCAGGAAGCAGAGGACGACUACCUCAAGCAACGGCCAUGGGUUCCUUCCGCCAAGAGCAGUCAAGGUGCCAGGAAGCGGCAACAAGACCGGACAGCUGCGGCGAACGAGGCCCAGGCAUCCGCUCAGAAAGAGGCUGAGGCAGAGGCUCGUCGAGAGGCAGCGCGACGGCUGGAAGAGCAACUGCCCGAGGCGGAGCCGCGUCCAGCAGUCAACACACCGGUGGUUCCCAGUAUGCCCGUCAUCGCCAGCGGCAACAUGAGGCUGGAGUCCAGCCGAGCGCUGGAAGCCGAAAGAAAGCGAGAGGAGCUGCAGGCAGUUCCAAAUGCUGGCGGGCAGCGCGUUCCAAUUGAGAUCACGCAGGACGCAGUUCCAAAUCCUGGCGGGCAGCGCGCUCCAAUUGAGAUCACGCAGGACGCCAAUGCGACCGUGUCGGAAGCCCUCAGGCCCAAUGCAGCCAGGCUGAAUCCAGAUGCAGCCGUGUUCGUCCCUAUGCAGGAGGUCAGCCAGUACCUCCCAAGCGUUCCGUCGUACCUUGUGGUGGAUGCCAGCUUUCCGCUUUACUUCUGCAUGGCGGAGGCCUACUUCCUGCCCUACAACUGCCGCCUCGACACCUGGGGUGGAUAUGAUGGGGGAUUUGGUGAGACAACGUUCCCAAUCUUCCACGAAGAGCCUUUCAACGGCGUCGUCACAUUUGAUCAAGCCCAGGAACCCUGGCGACCUGACUCCGCCUGGAAGUGGCAGAUGAUGGCGAUGGAGGGUGAAGCAUAG